AUGUCCGACUUUAGCAUGUACCACGCCCUGGGAGACCAUGCUCCAAACAGGUCCAAUCCGAAUACCUCCCAGCAACAACAGUUCCGUCCGCCUGUCGCACCGAGUCCCGGCGGAUACCAGCAGACUGGCCCCGCCUACGGCCAAGCUCCCCCGAACACAUAUGGCACUCCACAACAAGGCGCCGUGGGAUAUGGCACACCGCAGCAAGACCAGGGCUACUUCCCUCCAAAUGCAGGCGCUCAGGGCGACGUCGCGGGUUUGACGUCGCAAAUGGGAGGGAUGGGCUUGGGUGUGGAUACCGCUGGCCAACCUGUUGCUCAAGCGCCGCAUAGGAAGAAGAAGGAUAGACACGCAUACCAUCAGAUUGAGACGGCUGGCAGCUCACAGGCGUUCAACGGUGUUCCAGCGCCCGGAACCCCGUCGCAAUUCCUCAACCAGGUCGACCCCUAUACCGGCCAGGCGAUUACGCCGGCCAUGUCGCAGUUCCCUGCGCCCUCGAAUUCAUUCGUUCCCGCGAACGCAACUACACCAAUGCAGUUUGCGGCACGCGGAGCUGGGACGAAUGGAUCUGUAGCUUCGUCUUCGCAAGGCAGAGUCGAUCCGGAGCAGAUUCCUAGCGUACCCAGAUCUCGGGACGUCCCCGCGCAAUUCUACCUGGAGCAUGUGUACCCCACGAUGGACCAGCAUCUUCCUCCUCCGGCUGCCGUGCCAUUCGUAGCUUUUGACCAGGGUAACGCUGCGCCGAAGUUUGCCCGACUCACUCUAAACAGCAUACCAUCGACCACCGAGGCAUUGACCGCAACUGCGCUUCCGUUGGGUAUGGUGCUGCAGCCUUUGGCGGCACCUCAGGAGGGCGAGACGCCGAUACCAGUGCUCGAUUUUGGCGAAACUGGCCCGCCAAGGUGUAGAAGAUGCAGGGCAUACAUCAACCCCUUCAUGACGUUCAGGUCCGGGGGCAACAAGUUUGUUUGCAACAUGUGCUCGUUCCCCAACGAUGUGCCUCCCGAGUACUAUGCGCCUACCGAUCCCUCCGGCGCGCGCGUCGACCGGCUGCAGCGGCCGGAGCUUAGCAUUGGCACGGUUGAAUUCAUGGUCCCGAAGGAGUACUGGUCGAAGGAGCCUGUAGGCCUCCGCUGGCUCUUCCUUAUCGACGUCAGCGCGGAGGCAGUGAACAAGGGUUUCCUUGAUGGGUUCUGCGAAGGCAUAAUGAAUGCGCUUUACGGAAGUUCUGACCCGGAAAAGACUGACGAGGCUAACCAGAGGAGGAUACCACCCAACUCCAAGGUCGGAAUCGUCACAUACGACAGAGAAAUUCACUUCUACAACCUCAGUCCUGGCCUUGAUAAGGCGCAGAUGAUGGUUAUGCCCGACAUUGAAGAUCCGUUCGUUCCUCUUAGCGAGGGCCUCUUCGUCGAUCCGAUCGAGUCAAAGUCGGUGAUUACUUCAUUGCUCACUCAGUUGCCGAACAUGUUUGUCCAGAUCAAGAACCCUGAACCAGCAUUGCUUCCGGCGCUGCACUCGGCACUCGACGCGCUCAAGGCCACUGGAGGCAAGAUUGUGGCCUCUCUCGCAUCACUACCCACCUGGGGACCCGGCAGCCUGUUCCUGCGCGAUGACGGCAAGGUACUUGACUCGGAUUCUGAGAAGAAGCUCUUCGUCGCAGAGCACCCCUCUUACAAAAAGAUCGCCGGACUGUUGUGUGAGCACGGUAUCGGUGCGGAUUUCUUCAUGGCUGCUCCCAGUGGAGGUUAUCUCGACAUUGCGACGGUUGGCCAUGUCUCCUCGCUCACUGGUGGUGAAAUCUUCUACUACCCCAACUUCCACUCGCCGCGCGAUACACUCAAGCUGUCGAAGGAAGUCAAACGCACUGUCACCCGCGAGACAGGUUACCAAGCACUAAUGAAGGUGCGUUGCUCGAACGGUUUGCAGGUGUCGGCGUACCACGGAAACUUUUAUCAUCACACUUUUGGUGCGGAUCUCGAGUUUGGUACCAUAGACUCGGACAAGGCCAUUGGCGUCAUGUUCAGCUAUGACGGCAAGUUGGACCCGAAGUUGGAUGCUCAUUUCCAGUCCGCCCUGCUGUACACGACGGCAUCGGGAGAACGGCGUGUGCGUUGCAGCAACCUGGUGGCUAGCGUCAGCGAAAACCUUAUGGACACGAUGAAGUUCAUUGAUCAGGACGCCGUCGUCAACAUAAUCGCCAAGGAAGCCGCGACUCGCAUGACCGAACGCUCGUUGAAGGAUAUCCGUGGUGCAAUCACCGAAAAGACCGUCGACAUCCUGGCGGCGUACCGCAAGAACUUUUCGGACGGCCACCCGCCAGGGCAGUUGGUGCUGCCGGAGCAUCUGAAGGAGUUCAGCAUGUACACGCUGUCGCUGAUCAAGAGCCGAGCGUUCAAGGGCGGCAGGGAGCCGACGGACCGCCGCGUGUACGACAUGCGCAUGAUCAAGAGCAUGAACUCGCUGGAGCUGUCGCUCUACCUCUACCCGCGCAUCAUCUCACUGCACAACCUCGACCCAGCCGAAGGCUUCGCAAACGAAAACGGGCACCUGCGCAUGCCGCCCAGCAUCCGGGCAUCAUUCUCGAAGAUCGAAGAAGGCGGCGCCUACAUUGUCGACAACGGACAGCAAGUGCUGCUGUGGAUGCACGCGGCCGUGUCGCCGAACCUGCUAGAAGACCUGUUCGGGCCGGGCUUCAACGACCUGCGCGCGCUCGAUCCCUUCACGAAUGCGCUGCCGGUGCUGGAGACGCAUCUGAAUGCCCAGGCGCGCAAUAUCCUGCAGUACCUGGAGCAGAGCCGGGGCAGCAAGGCGCAGACGCUGCAGCUGGCGCGGCAGGGCCUCGACGGCGCGGAGUACGAGUUUGCGCGGCUGCUGCUGGAGGACCGCAACGGCGAGGCGCAGAGCUAUGUCGACUGGUUGGUGCAUGUGCACCGCCAUAUCCAGCUCGAGUUGGCUGGUCAUCGCAAGAAGGAGGAUCCGGGCGACUCGAGCAGCAUCUCGUCGACGUUUACGGGGCUGCGGACGCCGUACUGGGGCUGA